AGAAGAACAGUCCCGGUACCGACCAAGAGGAUUUUGGAGCUAGCGGCUGCAGUGUACCCUUUUUCUCCUUCAACACCAAAGACUCUUUUCCUUUGCUCUGCAUGGCAUGCCUGGAUCUGUACAUAUAGAACCACGUUCCCCAUCCAUCGUGAAAAACAAAAGGGGUCCGCUCUCUGUCCACCUCUCCGGCCUCGAGUCAUCUCAACUCUUCUUUUCCUUUUAGUCUCAUCUCGCGAUCAACCCCCAAUCGCGUGAGAGCAUUUCCAUUCCUUCUGCCACGCCGACCUUCCCUUUCCCUUAUCGUCACCAAUCAUACCCCGUUCAUCAUGACCAUCCUCGUCGGAAGGCCUCUCAACUGGGCCAUCACGGCCACGGCCGGCUCCGGCUUCCUCCUAUUCGGAUAUGACCAGGGCGUCAUGUCCGGUCUGCUCACCGGCUACGCCUUCACCCGGACGUUCCCCGAAAUCGACACGACCAACGGCGGUGGCGGCAGUUCUUCGUUGCAGGGCACUGUCGUGGCCAUUUACGAGAUUGGGUGUUUCUUUGGUGCAAUCUUCUGCCUGCUCGUUGGCGAGAGGCUCGGACGCCGCAAGUGCAUCAUGCUGGGGUGCAUUGUUCUGAGUAUCGGUGCCGCGCUGCAGGCAUCUGCUUUUGGGAUCCCGCAGAUGAUUGUGGGACGUAUCGUUGCUGGGCUUGGUAAUGGCAUGAACACUAGUACUAUUCCUGUGUGGCAUUCGGAACUCAUGAAGGCGGAUAAUCGUGGCAAGGGUCUCGCCAUUGAAUUGGCCAUCAAUAUCUUUGGCGUCAUGUCCGCAUACUGGGUUGACUAUGGCAUGAGCUACGUCUCCAACGACGCUCAAUUCCGCUUCCCUCUCGCCCUGCAGAUUCUGUUCGCCCUAGUUACCUUCCUCGGAAUCAUGGUGUUGCCCGAGUCUCCCAGAUGGCUCAUUGCCCACGAUCGCCACGACGAGGCCAAGCACAUCCUCUGGGCCGUGGAGAAAGACGCCACGUCUAUCACCGAGAACGAGCCCAAGCUGGAGCGAAACCUGGCCGAGAUUCAAGCUGCCAUUAGAGAGGAACGGGAGGCUGCCAACACUAGCAGCUUCAAGAUGAUGUUCAAGAACGGCGACCAGAAGUUCCUCUACCGAACUUUGCUGGGUAUCGGUGGCCAGUUCAUGCAACAACUGAGUGGUAUCAACCUGAUCACAUACUACGCCCCAGUCAUCUUCCAGGAGUCUGUCGGCAUGUCACACAACCUCUCUCUCCUGCUCGCAGGGUUCAACGGCGUCGCCUACUUCUUCUCCUCGCUCAUCCCGAUCUGGAUCAUCGACCGUCUCGGCCGUAGAAAGCUCAUGCUGUUCGCCGCCGCCGGCCAAUGCGCCUGCAUGGCCAUCCUCGCAGGCACCGUCUCCAACGGCAGCGUCCCCGCCGGAAUCGUCGCCAUCGUCAUGCUCUUCCUCUUCAACUUCUUCUUCGCUGUCGGCCUGCUCGCCAUCCCCUGGCUUCUGCCCGCCGAAUACGCGCCCCUCGCCAUCCGUACCCGCGCCGCUGCCCUCGCGACCGCCUCAAACUGGAUCUUCACCUUCCUCGUCGUCGAGAUCACGCCAGUCAGCAUCAAGAGUAUUGGAUGGAAAACCUAUGUCUACUUCUGCAUCUUCAACGCCUUCUUCAUCCCUCUCAUCUACUUCUUCUAUCCCGAGACGCAAAACCUCAGCUUGGAGCAGAUCGACAAGCUUUUCACGGGCGGCAAGGUGCAGCUGUACUGGAAGGCGAGCAUGGGUACUCCUGGCGAAGGGUCCCACGUUCUCAACGAGAAGGACUCCGAAUCCGGCUCUGGAGAUGUUCUUCGCGUGGAGAACAAGGAGGAAUUCACUCACUAAGGUGGAAGUCACAGUCGAGAGAGGGGUGACAUGUAAUAAACGAUUAGGCUUCUGCCUACAGGAUUGAGAAGGGGUUUGCAAUUUGUUUAGGAGGUGGUUCAUGAUAU